UCUCUAUCUAUAUAUUCAGGGUCUAUUUCGUAAUGUGUAUGCAUAAUUUUAAAAAGUAUAGUUGUACUUUUGAAAAAUCUUGUCCAUAGUGAGUAGGUGCUUAUCAUAUCAAGGAUCUAAUUCCAACAGCAGACAUGGGUAACUGUUUAAACUGCAUUGGAGGCGGGCAACAGGAUGGCUCAAAUCUUAUACACAACGACUCGGAUCCUGUCUUGUCAGUCGAUAACUCCCGCGACAUCCUCAGACCAACCUUGCCGUACAGUGUACAUAUAUACAAUUUGGCAUCUACUUAUCAUUCUUCAGCUCAGUUGAGAGAGCAACAGUUACAGUCAUUAAACUUAGAAAUUAACCAUGGAAUUGGCAUAGCAGUUGGUUUAAGUACUGGAGGUGGAUCAAGUAUAAGUGAUGAAGAGCAGCAGGUGAGAAUUGCUAAGCGUCUGGGACUUAUCCAGCAUUUGCCUACUGGACUUUUUGAUGGAGCUAAGAAAGGUGAAUGUGUUAUUUGUAUGAUGGAGCUUACAUCUGGUGAAGAAGUGCGCUACUUGCCUUGUAUGCACACAUACCAUACAGCUUGCAUAGAUGAUUGGCUACUACGAUCUCUAACUUGUCCUACUUGUAUGGAACCAGUAGAUGCAGCACUCAUCAAUUCUUAUCAUCCAACCACUUAAUGUUGUCUAGUUGAGUGUUUUUUAAUAGCGUGUUAUGGAUCAUUGAACUACAGAUAAAUGACACUGUUACGGAAUUUUUAUGAAAAAAUCCGCAAUUGUUUAAAAAAAAAAUUUAUCAUGCCUGGGGUAUACUUAUGCUGAAUGUGAGGUGUAACAUAAUCAUUUAACUGAAAAUAUCCGUUUUGGAUUAUUUUAAUUAUAAAAAUAAAUGAGUUAAAUUGUUUAAUACUUGAUUAUAAGUAUGUUAAAUUUAAACGCAUAUUGUGUAUUGAAAAAAGAAACCAAAAUUGCUGAUUUCAUUGUUUCAGAUGCAUACUCUAAUGUAUAUUUAACUUAACAAGACAUAACGAAUUGCAAUAUUCCCAUAUCCAAAUUAUUUAGUGUGUUAAGUGGCUUUAAAAUACCAAGUAAUCAAUUUUUACAGAAGCCAAGGUUGGUUUUAUUUGUUCAUUCAACAAAUGGUGAAAACAUUAAAAUUUUGUGUAUGUUUUUUUGUUUAUAUAAACGUUUGAUCUGAAUAAAGAUUCAGCUUGUGUUUUUGUCAAAGGAAGUACUAGUUCAAAUUUUGAUUAAAAAAAGUGGGUUGCAGAACGUUUGGUUCAAUUUUUUAGUUUUUCUAAAAAAUACUUUUUUUAAUUUUGUAGUGGCAAAAAUUUAGACACUUAAAAUUAGAUCCCGCUUAUAAUAUAUAUGCGUUAUUCUACCAAAAAUGAUAUAUUUCAUGUCGAUUACAACGUCGUGUAAGAAGAUAUUUAUCUAGAAACUUUAAAUCCUUAAGGAGUAUCAACUGCUCAAUGCACAACAGAAUUCAGAUCAUGAAAAAACAUUGCUUUAGUUUAAGAUGCAAAAAGGGGCUGAAUACGUGUUACGGGCUUGUGUUUCACUCAUAAAUUUAUUGUUUUGACGACGCCUGGAAUCAAAAUGCGGAUUUUGUAAUUUUUCUUCGUCGUGGAAUUUAAAAGUUAUCAACAACAUUCUCAUACCUUAAAAAAAAAAAAAAAAAAAAAAAAAAAAUUGUAUCCAAGACUUCGAUGCUGUUGAAGUUGCGGUACCAAAAUCUGAAAAAUGUAACAUUUCUAUGUAAAACGAUUUCAAAAAUGUACGUAAUUAAAUUUUGGGGUUCGGAUUUGGACGUUUUGUAUUCUAUGCAGAUGUUACAGGAAUUUUUUCCCUAUUUUUCCAUCCUUAUAAGCCAGUACUACAGACUGUCGAAUUUGAAAAUUCUGUCUCCUCAAAAUAAAAACUCCAAGUCCGUAACGCUAAAAAAUGUUAUGUAUCUGUAUGAAGCGUUUAUUUAUUGACUCAGAAGGUUGCGGGUUAAAAUGUAGCUGUUUUGCAUGUGACAUAAGUGCAGUGACAAAGUAAAAUUUGUAUUUGGUGUUUUACAAUUUCUAUUGUUCGACGCAUUUAUAAGAGCCCGUAAUACUUUAUAUCGAAAGCUCGUAACGCUGAAGAUUGUCGUGUACCUUUUGAAGCGUUAGAUUGUCUCAUAGAGAUAUAAGAAUAGAGCAAGCGAAUCCUACCUACUCCAAUGCUUUGAUGUGUCACGCUGUGCAAGAGAGAUCACUGCACGCAGAGGCCCUCUCUAUCUCUGUCUAACCAGUCACCUAUAUACAUUCAUACAGUGUAUUAUGUAUUUAUGUAUAUGUAUAGUGUAACUGUCAUAUAUCUGGACACUGGACGUCUGUCGGCAACUCUAUGCUAACUAUAACGUAAU